AUGUAAACAUUACUUGCUCAGUCAUCAUAUGGAUGAUGCAGCACAUAAAUUGCAUAGAAUAAGGGUCCAUUAUUGCAAUUGAUCUAUAAUAAUGGCUGGUUACUUUUUCAAGAGGAGCCUGUUUCGUCGUAAGGAAGAAGAUCAUGAAAAAGAUCAAGAACAAGUCAGAGAUAAGUUGGUUCAGUGCCAGUUCUGCAAUGGAUACACCAACACUGCUACUGGGUACAACAGGGAAGAAAUUUUAAGCGUUGCUGGUGGCUACCUGCAUACAAGGUGUGUUGAGCUGCAAGCCAAACGUGGAAAUGUUCUGGACUAUACUCCUGAGGAACUAGAGGAGAUUGAAAGGCUUACACACGAAGAGUAUGCGAAAAUUAUCCAAGAAAGAAGCGAUAAAGAAAUUGAGAUUUUAAGAGGGCAAGUAGCUGAAGAGGAAAGAAAAUUGCAGCAUCGAAUGGAAGACCAUGAACAAAAUAUUCGAAAGCAGCGAGACGAGUUGUACAAGCAGCACGAUGCAAUAAUCCAUACAAUUGAAGCUCAAACUACAAAAAAGAAAGGAUUGCUGGAGCAAGAUGCUGGGAAGAAACAACAAAAACAUGAACAACUGCUAAAGAAAAGUGAAGAUGCUCAUCAGACUGCCAUACAAAAAAUGAAGGAAGAAUUUUCAGAUCUUGAGAGAGAAACAGAGAAUGUGGCUCAUGACUACAUGCGAAAGUUUGAAGAGCAUGAUGAAGGAGUUCAACAAAGAAAAACUGAGCAAGACCAAGCUUUCCAGGAGCAACAGAUCAAUCAGGCCCAGAAAUUUAGUGAAGAAGCAUUAGACUUUGAAGCUGAACUCAGACGAGAACAAGAAGAGUUUGAGAAGGAAAUGGAAGAAGAGCGAAUAGCCCUUGAGCAGCACUUUGAUGACCAGUACCAAACAGAGCUUGUGCUCACAAAAGCUGAUGGAACAGUUUUGGAAAUGAGGGAGAAGGCUCCUGGCAUAGUCACUAGGAUAACUGAACAGUUAUUAGGGGACUUGUGAUUAGUUUUAGAUUAGCUAUAUAGACUAUCAUUUUUCGUUACAUACUAUAUAGUCUAACAGGGUAUUGAAAUAAUAACAGUUGUCAAAA